UAAGAACCAUGUCCUCCCUGUGAUCACCAUCACCUCCUGCAAACAUCGCAAAACUCUACUCUCUUCAGUUCGUUAACUAUUCCACCACGUCAUGGUCAAUCGAGGGGCCUCGCAAGGCUGCGUCACAUGCAGACACCGCCGCGUCAAGUGCGAUGAAAGAAAGCCUUGGUGCAAGGCCUGUCUUCGUCUUGGCAUUGAGUGCACGGGUUAUGAGAAGCGUGGGCUGAGGUUUAGGGAUGAGACUGUUCGAUAUGGAGCGAAUUCAGCCGCUGUAACGCGCAUCAGCAAACGUGCGAAACAGCCAUCACUUGAGAGGACGAUCAUUCGGUUACCAUCAGAUCACCCGCAAGAUCUUGCUGUACCAUUCUUUCUGACAUAUGUUACCGAUGUUGGUCGAAGUUUGGAAUCAACGCGGGGUUUCUUGGAGUUUGUCCGUCCUGCUCUGGCUUCGGAACGACAUGAUUCAGCUUUGAACACGGCAGUGACAGCUACGUCAAUCAAAAUCUGGUCCAUGAUCGACAAAAUUCCAUCUUCGAGCCCUCUUCCUUAUCAGCUACUGGUGAAGGCUCUGAAGCGGCUUCACCAAGCAACCGAGGAGCCCAUAGAGAGAGGUCGCGAUGAGACCGUGCUAGCGGCCCUUGUGCUUCAGAUGCACGACACCUUGUCAGCUGUGUCAGGACAAACCAGAGCUCAUGGUGCCCAUCGUGAGGGAGCUUUGACCUUGUUAUUACAGCGCGAAAACUGUUUCAAGAACUCCAAGUACUAUGCUCACCUUGUUGGCAACCUGCUCCACUCUAGGGUAUCUGUUUCUGUGAGGAACAGAAUACGAUUACCGACGAAGGACCUUGAGUGGAUUGAGACUGAGGUUGCUCCGAUCUUGCCGAGUAAUCCGAGUUCCGCUCUUGACAUGAUUGGAGUAUCUAUUGCAGAUCUCCAACACACGUUCCACGACAUGUCACCUGCAACAGUCCUCUCUUCUCCUGACACUAAGCUACGGCAACAUAUCUGCAAUUUGGAUACUCAGCUACGGACCUGGCUGAAACGGAUACCAGAUAGUUGGUAUCCACGACGGAUGAAAAGCGGCAUCGAUUUCGAUCCAUCAGUUCCUUCAUAUCGUGGCGCUUGCGACAUAUACCCAAGCAUACAAGUUGCGAAUAUCUGGAAUGCCUGGCGUAUCUACUGUCUCAUUCUCGAGGAUAUCAAGGACCAACUUACCAAGUCCUCAGCACUAUCUGCGGUUCAGCAUUUCGAUGACGAGAACAGCAUUUCGGACUAUGCCAUGUUCUGGACUUCCAAUGAACGCAGAGUCCAAGAGCUUGUUGAUUCUAUGUGUCUCAGCAUUCCAUUCUAUCUAGGCAACUGCAACUACCCCACUGAUAUACUCUCAACGGGAAGCUCCGAUAUCAUAUACCCAAGUCAUCACGAUUUACCUGUCGAUGAUGAAGGAUAUAUGAGAUUCAAAGCAAGCGAUCAGUACGUUUCUAAACUCGAUCACUCGCGACAUGUGACACUUCACGGUCAGGUCCAUGCAAUAAGCGUUUUAUCCUACGUUAUCAAUAUUUCCAUGAAUAGUCUUCGGAACCGGCCAAGUUUUCUGAGAGAGGAGCAGAAAGAAUGGAUAGCAAGUCAAUUUAUUCGAUCCAUCUACUCGAUGAGGCCCAUCUUUGGUGGUGUAUCGGAAAGGAGAGCCCAUCAAGGGACCGUUGACCUUGAUCAUAGCUUGCAAGCGGUGGAUACAGUAUCAAUAGCUAAAACUUUCGCAAUCAAGGUACAAAAAGAGCUAUGGACUAUAAGCAUUUUGUAAUGGAUGAAUAAUAUCACCCCAAAAGAUAAUAACAUCGUCCCAUGAGAACGAAAACUUGGUAUUUGGACAUACCCAUGAGCGUGUUGCCG